CGCCUGGCCAUCUUCCCACCAGUCACGCAUCCAAACAUCAUAAGCAAUCCUCAUACCAUCACCGGACUUGGAGCAUAGACGCAGACAGGCCUUCAUUGGCCUCCCGCUCCUCCCUCGCCCUCUUCCCCCCCUCUGUCCGUCAUGGCUCCCACGACGCCCCUACUCACGCGCAACCGCCUCACCUAUCUCCUCCUCGGCCUCGCCCUACGCCUCCUCCUCCUCUUCGUCGGACUCGUCACCGAUGCUCGCAACCCCUCGCUGCCAUACACCGACGUAGACUACCACGUAUUCACGUCUGGCGCCUCUCAUCUCGUCCACGGCUGCCCCAUUUCGGCAGCCGUACCACCCCAUCAGGCCGACCCGUGGGACACACUUCAGGAGUUUACUGACCCACCUGGCACUACAAAGGAUGCUUGCGCAAAGGGAUGGCUUGCCAUUGGCGCCAGAUAUAUCCUACAGCAUGAAGACGUACUCACAGCCCGGUCCGCUGGAGCAGGGCCCGCAGAAGAGAAGCGGAAAGAGCUGGGAGAUGAAGCAGCUCUCUCCCUCAUUCCGCCCAAUCGCAUAGAGACAGUGCUUUUGCCAGUUUCCAUGGCUGUAUUGCGGCCCUUCUUGAAGCCGCUGGCUGCUAUGGGCAAUCCCUACGCUCGUCCCACGUUCCGCUACACGCCUCUGCUGGCCAUACUCAUGUCCCCUGGCGCAUGGGCAGGUCCCGGCAGCUUCGCCGAGAACAUCUGGGGAAAGCUCCUCUUCGUCCUGGCCGACUUGGCUGCAGGCGUGCUGAUGUGGGACAUUGCACUGCGGCGCAAGAGAGCUAGGGGGCGGGUGAACGCCCCGGCGCCUACCAGCUUCCCUGCCUCCGUCUUCGGCAAGGGCGGCUCUCUGCCCAGGCUCUUGUCCCAGCCAACCCAUAGCGUCGGCCUCCUCUGGCUGCUGAAUCCAUUCCCUGCUCAAAUUGCAACGAGAGGCAGUUCGGAAGCCAUCCUAUGCGUCGCCAUCCUGGCGUUUGUCAACUCGGCGACGAUGCUUGUAGAGGGUUUGGGGAUCGGUGACGAUGACGAUGGUCUGGAUGGAGUGAUUGUGGUGGAUGGCAAGGCCUUCGACGGCAAUGCACAGGAGGAAAAGGCUGCCCCUCAAGAAAAGAAGCAAUAUCUUAGCGCUCAACCACUCAGCAAGGUGAAUGAGGAUGACGAUGGAGCCUCGUCCGCCUCUACAGACGACAACUCGACCAUCCGGCCAGACGCGCCUUCUUCCCCAGCCGAUGCUCAGACAAGUGCAGCGCCCCUCUCGUAUCCUCAAUCAUCCCUCCCCUCUCUCCCACUACCCACCUUGCCGAUACCACUGCUGGUUGCGCCUCUGCUCCUCGCUCUUGCAGCCCAUCUCAAGCUCUUCCCCAUCUUCUUUGGAGUGCCCGUCCUUUCUGCUCUGCUGCUACGGACGGAUGGAGAAGGUCUCAGAAGGGGGGCGAGAUGGUCCGACGCGGCGCUGUUUGCUCUUAUCAGCGCAUAUGCGUUCCUAGGUGUAGCUCUGGGACUCUGGAUGAUAUGGGGUCAGCCAUAUCUGGACAAUACCUUCCUCUACCACCUAACACGGCUCGACCACCGGCACAACUUUUCGCCCUACUUUCUCCCCCUCUAUCUCAUCCACACACCCGCCAUCUCAGGUACAGGCUCGCUCAGCGGCGGCGCCGCUGCCGCCGAGACUGCCGCGAGCUGGACAAGGUUGGGAUCAUUCGCGCCGCAGAUUCUAGUGGUGGUGUACAUUGGGUACAAAUUGGGGAGAAAGGGCGAUGUGCUUGCUGCUUGCGCUGCGCAGAGUAUGGCCUUUGUGGUGUUGAACAAGGUUGCUACGAGUCAGUACUUCCUCUGGUAUCUUCCCUUCCUCCCACCGCUCCUCCCCUCCCUCUCUCCCACCUCGCCCACUCAAUCCUAUCUCCUCCUAGGCGUCUGGCUCCUCACUCAGAUCCUCUGGCUCUCCCAAGCCUACCUCUUGGAGAUGCAAGCACAGGACGUAUUCCUGAGAGUUUGGGCGGCGGGUUUGGUCUACAUGGUGGGGAUGGGGUGGGUAUUGAUGGGUGUCUUGGAGACUUGGGAAAGAGGAAGGAGGGAAAUGAUCAUGGAGGAGGAAGAGGAGGAGAAGAGGGAGAGGGAGGAGGAAAAGGAGAGGAGUGCAAAGGAGAAUGGGAAGAGUGUAGGGCAAGAGGUAAGGGAGGAGAUAGAAGCCAAGGCGAAUGAGGUGCCCGAUGCUCGGAGAGGAGAUGCUCAAUCAGCGCAGCAGCAGCAGCAACAACAACAACAGUCGCCGCAUCCAGAUGAUGUCAAAGCAGCUCCCGUGGCGAACGAGGUGAGAUAAGUGUCGGGAAGCUCCCGUGAGGCAAUGUCUUCCCCACUUUUCUUUGUCGAGUCCUACUUGGGAGUAUGCAAAAACAGUACCUUAUUCUUCGUUUUUGGGGCAUGCUUCACCAUCUUCUCGCCAGUCGUACAAGCAAUGUCAAUACUUUAUCUGCAUCGCCUCGCAAUAAUACUACAAAACCUCUU